AGCCCUGGGGCUCGGCUUCCCCGAGUCCCCGCGCGGCACAGCACGCUGCACCCGGCGCGGCCCCUUUAAGGCCGCCUGGGGCGGGCCGCGCGUUCCCGGCUCCGCGGCAGUGAGGCUGCUGGGCUCGCGCCCUGCCGCAGUCUGGAGGAUGAGCCGUAUCUACAGUGACGGCGCCCUCCAGAACAAGGCUGUACGGAGCGCGCGUCUGCCCACCGCCUGGGACCCCGCCACCCACCAGGGGGGAAAUGGCAUCCUGCUGGAGGGAGAACUGGUUGAUGUAUCUCGGCACAGCGUUUUGGAUGACCAUGGCAGGAAGGAGCGCUACUACGUGCUGUAUAUCCGGCCCAGUUUUAUCCAUCGCCGUAAAUUCAAUCUCAAGGGAGAUGAAAUCGAGCCCAACUUCAGCACCACCAGGAAGGUGAACACCGGCUUCCUCAUGUCUUCCUACAAGGUGGAAGCCAAAGGAGACUCCGACAGGCUCACGCCCGAGGAGCUGAGGAAGCUGGUAAAUAAGCCAGAGCUGCUGGCACUGACAGAGAGCCUCACUCCCACCCAGACGGUGGCAUUCUGGGUACCCGAGUCAGAGAUGGCGUCAGUGGAGCUCGAGCUUGGGGCUGGGCUACGGCUGAAGACUCGGGGUGAUGGCCCCUUCCUGGAGUCAUUGGCCAAACUUGAGGCUGGAGCAGUGACCAAGUGUAAUUUUGUUGGUGAUGGAAAGACAGGGGUAUCCUGGACAGACAACAUCAUGGCCCAGAAGUCAUCAGACACCACAGCAGAGAUCCAAGAGCAGGGGGAUGGGGCGGAGGAUGAGGAAUGGCUUUCUAUUUUAUUCCUUGGAUUUCUCUAGGUUGACUGAGGUUAGUGGCAUGUGGAUACCUCUGGAGCCAACCAGCAUCUUCUGUUGCACAGUGGGGAAUUUAUUCCAUAACUUCCACCCUGGAGCUGAAGAGAGCAGUCCGCCAAGCCUUCCCUAUUGCCGCCUUGGAAUACCCUGUGACCAAGCUCUGCUAAACCAAACGGAAGAUGAGAUGUUGCCCCCAAGGUCCUGUGCUGUGUGUCACAUGCCCUGCCAUGCGGUCCAGCCUUCCUAGAUGUUUUCAUGAUGCCCUUGCCCUAGAGGGCAGCCUUGUUUCUGAAGGCAGGUGGUAGUCAAGUCCCCCAGCGCAAUCUCAGGGGAACUGGACUUGGUCUUAGUGUACAAUUAGGGAAUAUCCCUUGUCUGAACAGAGUGGCUCAGGGGAGAAGGUGGUAGUCUCCUUCCUUUGUCUGGUUCCCUGUUCUCCCAUGCCUGCCCCUCUUCAGCACUCUGGGGUAGCUUUGAGGUAGGUCUCUUGCUUUGAACCUCCUUGUCCUCUUUACCUUUUCCCCAACCUGUGGGUUAUUUAUUCCUCCCCUGAUUUCCUAGGAUUUCCUGUCUGCCCUCCAUGGCUGCUGCCUUCUGGAAUUUUUCCCAGUGAGGCCAACAGUGUUCACAGGGUUGGGCUGCUGGCCUCACCCCUCCAGCUCCCUCUGCCAGGCCACAUUUUUGAGAAUAUCUUUUUUGUUGUUUUGUACCUUUAAGAUACAUUUUUAUUAAUGAUUAAAUCUUCAGAAGAGAAUUGCCUCACAUAAUCGUCUUUCAGCUAAGCAAUGCUUCCACGAGUAGGAAGCCAUCUUUCUUUGGUCAUGAGCACUGCCUUGUUUGGUAGUGUGCCCACACCCAGGUCUUUGCAGAGGUCUGGAAUGAAACCUCCAUAUCCUAAGGACUUGGUGGCAUGUGGAUCCUGCUUGGCUUAAGGAAAAGAAAGUGGUGGUGAACUAAUAAUUCUUGAGUCCUCCUCGUGUCUCAAAUGUGCCAGAUACUUUUCCAUGAUAAUAAUUAUGCCCACUGUCUGUUGAGUGUUUCUUGGUACUCAGUGCUUAUAAUGUCUUACUCAGUUAUCAAAACAAGUCUAUGAGAUACCAUGAUAAUUAUCACAUUUUUUCAUAUGAAACUAAAGCUCAGAGGCUCCAUAGAUAGUACACAGAGGAGAGAGGCAGUUUAAAAGCCCAUAUUCUUUGGCUUGGUGGUUAUUCUAACCCACCAGAGCACGUGGGUUAGAAUCCAGCUGAGGCCCACCAAACAACAAUGACAACUACAACCAGAAAAUAGCUGGGCAUUGUGGCUGGCGCCUGUAGUCCCAGCUACUUGGGAGGCUGAGGCAAGAGAAUCGCUUAAGCCCAGGGUUGUAGGUUGCUGUGAGCUGUGAGGCCACAGCACUCUACCCAGGGGAACUGCUUGAGGCUCUGUCUCAAAAAAAUAAAAUAAAAAUAAAAGCCUGUGUUCUUA